GGAGCGGAGAAGGGAGAUGGGCUUGCAGUCUCUGUUCAUAGAUGCAUGGAUUAGAGAGGCGCAAGAGGCUUCAAGGUUGGUGGAGAACUUAGAGAUCAAAAUCGAAAACAACCCACAGCAAGCACUUGGAGACACUGCUCGAUCCAAUCUUUUCGACCUUGGAAUCAAGCUUGAUCGCCUUGAGUCUCUUCUUCACAACCCACCUUCCAAACCCAUCUUAACUGAUCGAGAUUUGGAUUUUCGAUGGAAAAUGCUAUCAUAUAUCCAGCUAAGAACAAGAGUGGUGUUUCAGAGUCUGUAUGCAUUGCCAUCCAAAGAAAGGUCAGGAAACUUAGCUACUGGGGAUGCCAAAGAAACCUCUGCAACUGACAUUGGUUAUUACCAAGAUCAUACAAAGGUUACAUUCUCCCAAGAAGAUCUGGAGCUGCUGAUGCCUCUUAUUACAGAUGAUGCAGCCCGCAGGCAAUUGCAGAUCACGCUAUCCAAUUCUUUUGCAUCACAAAAUUUGCACUGGAGGAUUUGCCGGGUGAUUCUUUUGUAUAGUCUAUCUGCUCAUCUCAAUGAUCCCAUGUUGAGAUUUCAUAAAUAUGAAGCAGCAUUUGAUUGGUUCUUCACAUCUGAAGCUAUGGAAGAAAUUAGACAGAGCUGUUAG